AUGGCGGGCCCGAGUCUCCGACCGCACGUGCACUGGGCGCAGCGGCACCGCGAGCUGUAUCUGCGCGUGGAGCUAAGCGACGUGCAGCACCCGGACAUCACCAUCACCGACAAUGUGCUGCACUUCAGAGCUCAGGGUCAUGGUGCCAAAGGAGACAACAUCUACGAAUUUGAGAUAGAGUUUCUAGAACCAGUUGAGCCUAAACCUGUCUGCAGAGUGACUCAAAGGCAGCUGAACAUCACUGUGCAGAAAAAAGUAAGCAACUGGUGGGAGAGACUCACCAAGCAAGAGAAGCGCCCGCUCUUCCUUGCUCCCGACUUCGACCGCUGGUUAGAUGAAUCGGAUGCCGAAAUGGAACUGAGGGAGAAGGAAGAAGAAAAGAUUAACAAAAUGAAAAUAGAAUCCAGAGUCCCAAAAGACCCUUUCAAACACCUGAAGAAGGGAUACUUGGUCAUGUACAACCUUGUACAGUUUUUGGGAUUCUCUUGGAUUUUCGUGAACAUGACAGUACGACUGUUCAUCUUAGGAAAAGAUUCCUUCUAUGACACAUUUCACACUAUUGCUGACAUGAUGUACUUCUGUCAGACCCUGGCAUUAAUGGAGGUCAUGAAUUCACUAAUAGGACUAGUCAGAUCACCGCUGGUACCUGCUGUACUGCAGUUAUUUGGAAGAAACUUUGUUUUGUUUGUCAUCCUUGGAACCUUAGAAGAAAUGCAGAGCAAACCUGUGGUGUUCUUCAUAUUUUAUUUCUGGAGUAUCAUUGAGCUGUUCAGGUAUCCAUAUUACAUGCUCUCAUGCAUUGGUAUUGAAUGGAAACCACUAACCUGGCUCCGUUACACUGCCUGGAUCCCUCUCUACCCCUUAGGAGGCUUGUCAGAAGCUGUCGCUAUCGUUCAAUCCAUUCCAAUCUUCAGUGAAACGGGGAAAUUUAGCCUGGGAUUGCCAAAUCCACUGAAUGUCACAAUCCAGUUUUCAUUUUUGCUUCAAGUAUACCUUAUAGCCUUGUUUUUAGGGGUAUUUGUAAACUUCCGCCAUCUCUACAAGCAAAGGAAACAGCACCUCGGACCAAAGAAGAGAAAGAUGAAGUAAAGGAGGACUGGAAUGCUUGCUUAUCUAACUUCUCUCAAUGACAAGACAAGCCUCUAAUUCUUACAGUUCUACCCACUGCAAUGUAAAAAUAAUUUUGUAAAAUCAGAUGAUCACACUCGAGUUCAUGAUUUCUUAGUGAGUUCAGGUAACGUUCCCACAUCCUGUGUUUCCUUCCCUUCCAAUCACAUAUGCAUGGCAUUUACCACUGGACAUUUACACUUGUAUCCUGUCAGCUGCCAUAUUAGAAAUCCUAUUAUCUGCAUAUAAUAUGCUUAUGAGCAGUGGAGCAGCACUACCUAGAAAUAGUGUUUAUCUUUUAAUUGGAUAUUUGCUCUUUCAAUAUUGCAUGCAGAUAGGGCUUCUGAUGUCAGGAUAUACUAUUAGCUGUUUCUAGAGUGCAUCUUGGUGGCAGGAGGAGCACAGUCUGAGAGCACUGUGAGCAGUGGUUGGGGUAACCCCCUUUUGCAGCAUAUUGCUGCUGCAGAAUUAGAUUUGGAAGUAGCUAAUGCUGAUUUCAAUGCUAACAACUUAGUCAGUUUAGCCUUAAGAGCAUAGGAGCGCUGCAUGGAUCCUAGCAUUCCUGUAGCAACACAUCCUGAGCCAGGCAUUAGGGAAGGGAAGCUGCCACUCUGGGUCACACACACUUUCCUGACAGGUGAUGCAAGCACUGAAACAGAAAAAGGAAACAGGUACCAGCUUUCUCCUAGCACAUGAACAAACCCCAGUAGAACCCCAUCCCAUCCAUGCAAAAGGAAAAGGAGGAACUGUCAUAGGGGAGGAGGGCUGCUCUGAUCAUUCCUAGCAGGGCUGUAGCUCCUGUGUUUGCAGCCUUCAGAAAGGCAGUGAAGAUUGCUUUUCUACUGAAACUUAGGGCUGCAGCUGAGAAGUUGGUGAAUAUGCUUUGUGGGAUGGAGUAGUGAGUCAAAUAAACUGAAUCUCCAUUAUCAAAUCUCAGUAAGGGAGAUCCCACAUGGCAUUUGAAGAGAUAUUAUUCCUCUGUUCUUGCUUUAAAUAACAAGAACAAAAAAACUCCCCUCACAUUCCAGGUCAUCUACUCUCACCUGCAGAGUAGAUGUUUCAGUCACCUGUUUCAGAUGAUGCAAUUUCCACAUGCCCUUUUCUACACCUAGCUUCCUGUCAUUAAUUCCUGAUCCCUGUAGCCUCCUUAAUCCAGUUUAGAAAACAUACUAAAGGUUUGCUCCAAACUGUUGUGAUUUUGAAGGAGUUGCUUCACAACUGCCACUGCCCCCAGGGCACUGCAAUGCCAGUAAUCCACAACAGGCACUGAAGUUGAGAUUAGUUUAGUGCCAUGCUACUAUUUAUCUUUUUCUACUGUAAAACAAUAUGAAUCUUCCAGAAAAUUAUUUUCUAAAUAAAAGGUAACAAACAGCUUACUGUGAUACGGACCCAGUGAUUGUACUGUGAAGGAAAGAGUGUUACAGGGAAUUGGUACAAGCUCCAAGUUGCGUUUCACGAACUCUUCUGCCAGCAAGAGGCGUGAUGCAACCUUUCAGUAGGGACAGCUGGGGCUCCCACUCAAAGGAUUGAGUGCAGCUUUACUCAGGAGAGCUGAGCAUUAUUUACACAAAUGAUCCUUCACUUAGCACACACUGUACCUGUGUUGGAACGGAACAGCAAGGAUUACUUUCGUACUUUAAUUUCUCCACUGGGCAUUUGAACUUCUGUAACAAAAUCCAUAUGUAUUCAUACAUUGUAUUUCUCAGUGAAAUUGUGGUACCUAGUGCAAGCUGUCACGGAUUUAACACUACUGAAUUUUAGCCCUUCAGAAAGAAUGUGUUUCUAUUA